AUGAUAAAAUAUCUUCUUCAUUAACUAUUCAUUUAUAUAUAUGUAGCAGAGGUGUUAUUAGGUUGUAUUUUUGCAUUUGCUGAGACAGUAUUUUUUCAUUCAGAUUAAGAUGAGGAUUACUUUCUUUAAAUAAAAUAAAUAUAAAUAAAAAAUCAAAAGAGAUUUAGAAACAAUCAGAAGAAAAGCAGAUCUUUUAAGAAAAAAAUUAUUAAUUAAUAAUUAGUAAGUAAGAUGGUCAGAUUAAACCUUAAGUCAAACGUUGAUUAAAACGAAUAUCCUUUCUUAGCAAAAUGGGAUAAGGAUAUGAGACAAAAUUAUGAAGAAUAUUAAAAUAGAAUCGAUGCUACCACUUAUCACCUCCAAAGAUCCUAAAGAGGUAUCGCUGUUUUUGGUGAGUGGAUGUAUCCCAGAUAUUUCUAAAAAGAUAUUCUUGAAUUGGAAGUUUUACGUAGAAAAUAAUAAUUAGGUAAGAUUUAUCCUGAAGAAGUCAGCAGCUAUACAUAAAUUAACCCUGAUAUUGCUAAUGAUUUGAACCUCACUUUUAAUGCUAAGCUUCUUUGGCCUGUGAGAGGUAUGACUGUAGGUGCUGGUUUCUUUGCUUUUGCUCAUCUUUUUAACUUACCCUACUCAUUCAGAUUGGGAUUAUUUGUUCUUCCCACUGCUGUAGAACUUGCCUUCACCUGGGGCAACAAGACUUCUCAAUUUAAGUCUAUUGAAUUUAUGGAUUACUUGCUUUAAUACAGAGUUUCUAAGGCUCUCUUGGAAAAAAAUGCUAAGCAUUUUGCUGAGAAGAAGGCUGCUUAUUAAAAAGAAAUUAACUCAAGCUAGAGUGUUUAAGAUUUAUACAAUCAAUUAAUCACUCUUGUUUCUGAACAAGCUCCUUCUGAGUGA